AUGACUACGGGGUCGUAAAUCCGCCAUGUUUUCCCUCCCUCCCCGCUGCAGCGUUGCGACAGAGACGGAGAAUUCAAACGACAUGAAUGUAGAAAAUAAUCAUACGGCAGAAACAGAGAAGAACGGCAGCGAAACCAUCACCAUUCAGACUGCACUGGGAGACGAAGAUGAUGUGCACAAGUGUGGACGAUGCCAGUCUGAGUUCUCCACCCUUGAGGCUUUCAUCCAACACAAACUGCAAAACAACUGCAGACGUGUGGACGCACGAAAUGUUGGACAGGAYGCCAACCAAAAUAUCUCUGCAGCCAGUAAAAGUUCUUCCUCGGAGAUAACAAGAGAAGGAGCUUCCCAGGAUAAACCAGAGAGGACCACAGAUGAUGAAAGCGGAACUCCGUUGGGUCGAGGUCACAGGAAGAAAGUCCUCCCAGUUAAAGUUUCUGAGCAGUCUGAUCCAAGUGUUGGAUUUGCCUCUGAUGGGGCUGACGGUGACAGACCACCUUACAAAGUCAAUCAAGAGGGACGCUACAUUUGCCGCCUUUGUGAAAAGACAUUUAAAACCACAAACAUCUUGAGAACUCACAUGAAAACUCACAGUGACCAGAAGAACUUCUCAUGUGAACUUUGCUCGACUUCCUUUCGCACCAAAGGCUCCCUGAUUCGUCACAACCGCCGUCACACCGAUGAGCGGCCGUACAGAUGUACCCUGUGUGGGCAGUCCUUCAGAGAAUCUGGAGCCCUCACCAGACAUCUAAAAGCUCUGACUCCAUGCACGGAGAAGAUUCGUUUCGUCCAGUACAAAGAAAUAUUGGUCAGCAAGGAUGGAGUGCAGAAAGUUGGUGCCAACCUUCCAGGCGUGGGCGCUGAUCGAGCCGCGGCGGCAGCCCAGCAGGAGGUGGUAGUUGUGGAGCAGCAGCCUGAGGAGCAGGAGAUGGCGGAGGCUCAGACUGCCGUCGUCAGCGUCGUGGACGCCGCUUCCCAAGAGGUCCUGCGGCAGGUGCACUUCACAGUGGAGGUGGAUGGAGCAACACAGGAGCAACAGGUGGUGGUGGAGCAGUCUCAGGCGGAAGUUCUUGCCGCUGCCGCAGCAGCAGGUGACAACCUCAUCUGCCAGGCCAUCCUCAACUCGGGCAUUGCUCUUGGAACGGAGGAGACCGUGGUGGAGGAGGAGGAGGAGGAGGAGGACGACGUCUCACAGACUGAGCAGAUGAGCAAAAUGGACUCUGACCAUCCUGACGGCGAUCAGAACGUCAUCGAGAUCCAAGUUAAAGAGGAGUUGGCAGAGAUGGAGGAGGAAUCAGGUGAUGAUCGGUCAUCCUCAAAGUUAUACACUUGUCCGUACUGUAGCCGAUCAUUUAAGGGCCUGAAUUAUUUCCGUUUUCACGUCAAAGGUCAUUUAGGUUAUAAGCCCUUUAAGUGCACACUGUGUCAAAAGGAGUUUCUAACUGGUUACCUGCUGAAAAAACACAUGGAAGUCCACGUCAGCGAGAGGAGGUAUAAAUGUGGCGAGUGUGGCAAGCUGUAUAAAACCAUCGGACAUGUCCGUGAACACAUGAGGGCCCACUCCGAUGAAAGACCCUACCACUGUAGCAGAUGCAACAAAGGGUACAAGACCAAGAAUGCCUUACAGGUUCACCAGCGAACUCACUUUGACGACAAACCGUAUGUGUGCGAGUUCUGCCUAAGAGGCUUCAGAGAGAAAGGCUCGUUGGUGCGACACGUCCGCCAUCACACCGGAGAGAAGCCUUUCAAGUGCUCAAAGUGCGGCCGAGGCUUCGCCGAGCACGGGACGCUCAAUCGACACAUGCGCGCUAAAGGAGGCUGCCAGAAAGAUGGUUCCGGUGAACAACAAGAUGGUGUAACGGAGGAGCAGGCCUCGGUGGACGGUCUCACCUCAGCUGACGUCGUCUCGGAGGAUCCUCACGCUGUGUUGGUGGAGUUCUCCUCGGUGGUGGCAGACACACAGGAGUAUAUUAUCAAAACUCAAACUGAGGAGGAAAUGCAGGAAGAAGUUACACUCAUUCAAGAAGAGCAAAACGAGGUGGGACACCAGAUCAUGAAGGUGGUUCAGCAGAUCGUCAGCCAGUCGCACGGUGCGGGCAGCCACCAGAUCAUCGUGCGAAACGUGGCGGACGAGGAGGGCGCGUCCGUCUCGGACUGCGGCGACACCAUCACCAUCGCCACGCCGGAGAGCCUGACGGAGCAGGUGGCCAUGACGCUCGCCUCCGCCAUCAGCGACGGCACGCUGCUGGCCACCGCGGGGGAGGCGGAGGGGACUGUUACCGUGGUUACCACAGAGGAAGCAGCGGGAGAGGGGAUGCAGAUGGUGCAGCAACAAGAGGAAUAUGUCAUCACGUCCCCAGAGGAGGUGGAGAUCCAGACUGUAGUUGUAUGAUCAAAGAGGGACGACGACACUGGACUGAGUUUUUCAUGAGCUUCACACGUGAAAGGGUUAAUUCUCAAACUAAAGCCAAAGUGUUUCCAGGCUUGAUGGACACAAAAAUAAAUACAAGUGAAAUAUUGGGAACGCACAAGAAUUAGUUCCACCUUUGUGUUUUGUUGAUUAACUUGAACAUGGCGGCUAAUUUCUGAACCCACAACUAAAUACUUUGAACGUUUGUCCCGAGAAUUUGUUAAAUUACUUCUUAAUGAAACAAACGCAUCUUAUUUCUGCCCAAUCACAUGUAACCCAUCAUGUCGAAAUGAGGAUUAAGUAAAAUUUGGUCAAAAUGAUCUAA